AUGCCGAUUAAGGAUCAUGGUCGUCAGUAUGAUUUAGUAGUGUUUGGAGCGACCGGGUAUUCCGGACAACUGGUCGCCGAGCACAUCGCGGCCAAUCUUCCAGCUCAUCUGAAGUGGGCAGUCAGCGGGCGCUCGACAGACAAGCUCAAGAAAGUUGUUGAGCGAUGUAAAGUCUUGUCACAGGGUCACAGCGAACCAGAAAUCGAAGUUUGCCAGCUCAACGGUGAGGAAGUGAGCGUGUUGGCACGGAAGACAUUUUGCCUAAUCGCUGUCGUGGGACCUUAUGCUCGUUAUGGAGAGCAUGCGUUCAAGGCUUGUGCUGAGGCCGGCACCCAUUAUUUCGACUGCACGCCGGAGGUUCCUUGGACCAUGUCCAUGAUCAAAAAGUACGAGGCUAUGGCCAAGGCCAGCGGCGCGUGCAUGUUUCCACAGUGCGCCAUGGAAUCCGCUCCAUCCGAUCUCUUGACUUGGGCUUUGGCCGCCGAGGCGAGGAAAACAAUGUUCUCUCAGAUCUGCGAUGUCGUCCUGGAACUGCACGAGCUUCAGUCGAUCCCAUCUGGAGGCACCGUCACAACCCUGAUGAAUAUCUUUGAUCAGUAUUCGCUCAAGACGAUACGCCAGUCCCUGAAGCCGUACGCACUGUCCCCGGUCCCGAACGACCAUCCCGCCCCUCGAAAAUCCCUUCUGUCAUCUCUUUCUGGAGUCACUCGCGUGCCAGGUCUGGGUACGCUGACGACCAGCGUUACUGGGCCAGCCAACGCCGCCAUUGUCUUUCGGACCUGGGGCUUGACGAAGCAAGAGUCGAACCUGCAGAAAGAGUUCUACGGGCCCCGAUUCACCUAUCGCGAGUUCAUGUACGGCCACGGCGUCAUCGGAGCCUUUCUCAUGCACUAUAGCGUGCUCGUUGGUGCCGGCCUCAUUCUUUUCCCUCCAUUCCGGAGUCUGUUGAAGAAAUUCUUCAAGCCCGGCGAAGGCCCGGACAGGGAGAAGGCCCGCAACGAAAGCAUCGAGUUUCGAGCGGUUGCAACCCCCGACAUCGAGCCCAAGGCCGGCAUGAGCAAGCAAGUCUUCGGGAAGCUUUUGUACACUGGAAGCAUGUAUUACUUGACGGCGGCACUCGUUGCGCAAGGGGCAAGGACACUACUUGAGGAUAAGAGCGGGCGGUUGACGGGCGGAGUGUACACCCCCGCAUGUCUGGGUCAGACAUAUAUCGACAAUCUCGGAGAAGUUGGCCUCAAGGUCGAGACGGGGGUCAAAGAAUUUUGA